AUGUGUUUUGCAGAGACGAAAAUCAACACGAGGACGAUGGGCUGUUUUCCGGGUGACAGCGUGGUGACGACUGGCGCGGGAGUGAAGAAGCAGAUGAAGGACCUGCGGGUCGGCGAGUCGGUACUGGCGCUGUCCAACGACGGUCUGCUCCGGCCUAGCGAAGUGCUGUUGUUCCUGGACCGUAACGUGACGGCGCGGACAGAGUACGUGACGCUGGUGACGGACACGGGCAAGUCGAUAACGGCGACGCCCACGCACCUGGUGCUCCGGUGGGAGAAACCGGAACGGUCGCAGAUCCGAUACGCCAACCCGGUGUACGCGAAAAGGGUGCGCGUCAACGACACGCUACUGACGGUGAUCAACGGGGACCGCGGUCAGCUACGACUGCGCGCGGAGCGCGUGGUCGCAGUCAGCCGCACCGAGAAAAUCGGACUUUACGCGCCACUCACGGUCGACGGCACCGUGGUCGUGGACGACGUCGUGGCGUCGUGUUACGCCGUCAUCGACAGCCAGUGGCUGGCGCACCUGGCGUUCCUGCCUGUCCGCGCGUUGGCCGCCGUCCGGACGUCCCUGUACAGCCUCGUCUGGCGGCUGGGCCAUCCGCUGCACGCCGCGCCGUCACUGUCGCCGGUGAUCGACGCGGUACAGCCAGCCGACGGCAUACACUGGUACCCGCGGAUGCUGUACGCCAUAUCCGACUACGCAAUACCAGCCAGUUGGAUGGACACUCACUGA